AUGGACAAAUUGGCCAACACUUUUGAAAAAUCAUUCCUAAAAAUCAACACUGAGAAAACAGAAUACACUAUAGUGAGGCGAUGUGACGAACGACACAAGGGAAAAUGGAGGCAUACAAAGAAAUUUGGCACUCUCUUAGGAGAUACAGAAGACAUGAUACGAAGAAAAUCACUUGCAACUUUCGCGCUCAAAAGAUUAAACAACAUAUGGUUGAGAGGCAAAAAAAUUUCUGCGUCCUUAAAAAUCAAACUUUACAAUAUGUUCGUAAAACCAGUCCUACUGUACAACUCCUCCUCUUGGGCACUCACAGUGCAGGAAAUGAAAAAUCUGAAUUCCUUCCACAGAAUGCAGCUAAAAUACAUCCUAGGAAUCUUUUGGCCAAAACGCAUUUCAAACAAACAUCUCUACUCCAGGUACAAUGCACACCCGUUGGACGAAGAAAUAAGAUGUAAUAGAUGGGGCUUAUUCGGUCACAUCCUAAGAAUGGACAGGAAAACUCAUGCAAAUCUCGCAAUGGAACACCACUACGCCCCCCACCCGGGAACAAACUUCCGAGGAAGACCACGAAUCACUCUACCAACCCUCCUGCACCAGGACCUAACUUUGAUUGGAAAAAGACUGAAAUCAGCAGACAAUCUUGAGCACUUGAGAGAACUAUCGAGGAACAGAGGGACUCGGAAGCGAUUAACAAAACGCAUCCAGAAGAGGGUGGCACAAGCGAGAUAA